AAAAUGUAAUACUUAUUUUGGUUAAAUGUAGUUGAAUUUGUGAUUUGUUAUAUUUUAAAAUAAAUUCCGCGGGAAACGUUGCAACUGUUACCAAGCUGGAAUUCCGUUCUGGAUCUUCUAAAUUUGACGUCAGGUCUAUUUAUGAAAUCACCACAGUAACUGGACACGCGGUUAUCUGAGCUCUGGUACCGAUGGCGUCAGUGUUCUCUCAGCUGAUUGGCCAGUGGCUGGAUGUUCAGGGAUUCCUCAUAUUUCUCUCUGUGCUGCUUCUGGUGAAACACUUUCGAGAUGUUUUUACGAAUAACAUGCCACCCGGACCCUUCCCUCUGCCUUUUAUUGGAAACGUGUUAAGUAUAGGCUUUGGGGAUCCAAUGGAGGUCUUUCCCAAGGUUGCAGAGAAGCAUGGAGAUGUGUGCACAUUUUAUAUUGGAACCAAACCCUGUAUCCUGAUGACGGGAUAUGAGGUCUUCAAAGAGGCGUUUGUGGAGCAGGCGGACAUCUUUACUGACCGACCGUUCUUCCCUGUCAAUGACAGGAUCUGCAAAGGGAAAGGUCUGAUCUUCUCCGGUGGUCACAUGUGUCGUCAGCAGAGGCGUUUCGCUUUGGCCACACUCAAGUAUUUCGGUGUAGGCAAGAAAACUCUAGAAAACUCCAUCCUGCAGGAGUGUCGCUCUGUCUGUGACGCUGUACACAGCGAGCGAGGUUUGCCGUUCAACCCUCAUCACAUCCUGACCUACGCGGUGGGCAAUAUAAUAUGCAGUCUUGUUUUUGGCUACAAGUUCGAUUACGGCAACGAUGAUUUUAAUAAACUGUUGGACUAUUCAGAUGACACCUUUAAGCUGCCCAUUAAUAUCUGGGGCCGGUUGUAUAACGCGUUUCCCACUGUGAUGCCAUUGCUGCCGGGAAAACACCAGACUGCGUUUGCCAACCUCACCAAGCUGAAGCUGUUUUUCCAGGAGGAAAUCAACAAACACAAGGAGGAUAGAAACCCAUCCAGUCCGAGAGAUUACAUCGACUGUUACCUGGACGAAAUCGAGAAGUGUAAGGACAAAGAAGCCGAGUUCACAGAGGAAAACCUGAUUCACUGUGUGCUGGAUCUGUUUGGCGCGGGGACAGAAAGCACUGCUAAAACACUGGUUUGGGCUUUACUCUACAUGGCCAAGUAUCCUGAUGUGCAAGAGAAAGUGCAUAGUGAGAUCGAUCAGGUGAUUGGACAGUCUCGUCAGCCACUGAUGGAGGACAGGGCUCAUCUGCCGUACACAUAUGCAGUCAUGCAUGAGGUUCAGAGGUUUGCAAACGUCCUGGCUUUUAUCCCACCUAGAGUCGCCAGCAAAGACACUACAGUUGCAGGAUUUCUGAUCCCAAAGGGUGUGAUGGUGUUGCCGAUGCUGAAGCCGAUCCUAGAGGAUAAGAAUGAGUACAGCACCCCCAAUGAAUUCAACCCGGCUCACUUUCUGGAUGAAAAUGGCAAAUUUGUGAAGAGAGAAAAUUUCAUCCCCUUUUCAAUAGGUAAGCGGAUGUGUCCAGGUGAGCAGCUGGCCGUUAUGGAGCUCUUCCUGUUCUUCAUCUCUCUGAUGCAGCAUUUCACCUUCCUGCCUCCUGAAGGAGAAAUUCUGAGUCUGAAGAGGACGGUGGCCAUCGCUUCUGCUCCUGCUCCCUUCCGUAUUAAAGCUGUGCCUCGACAAUGCGACACAACUGCAUCCUAAAAUAUGAGAAUCAGCUCAGAUAAACAUUAGAGAAAUACAGUCGAUGACAAAAUGAUGACUUUAGUUAUUCAAAUAUAACUAAUGUUUGACAUCAGAGUGAGGAAACUUUUGACAGAAUUCCCUAUCACAGUUUUCUCAUCUUUUAAGCUUAAAAACUGGCAAGGUCAACAUUAUUAGCCUCCUUGAGAAAUUAGAUGUAUUUUUGGGUUGUCUACAGAACAAAA